AUGCCUGUCCUCUGUUCCUGACGCUGUCAGCAGCAAUCGGUGCUCGAUUGCUUCCGUCUGGAGAAACCAUGGCAGACUCAGAGGAUAGUGUUACAAUUCCCGAGUUCAGCUGCCUCCUCCAAAUGGAUCCCUACCUAAAAGCCUACGAGAAGGACUUCAAGAGGAGGUAUGAGCUGCUACAGAAGCAGCUUCUCCAGCUGGAGGAGGCAGAGGGAGGCUUCGACCAGUUCACACGCAGCUACAAUACCUUCGGUGUGCAGCGACAGCCUGACAACAGCCUGGUUUUUAAGGAGUGGGCUCCAGCUGCAGAAGCCCUCUUCCUCACCGGCGACUUCAAUGGCUGGGACAAAUUCUCCCACCCCUACACCAAGAAAGAAUUUGGCAAGUGGGAACUGAUUGUACCCCCCAAGUAUGACAAGACUCCAGCUGUGGAUCAUAACACCAAACUCAAGGUGGUGGUUCACACCAAGGAGGGUGAGCGGCUGUACCGGAUCUCACCCUGGGCAAAAUAUGUGACGAAGGAGGAGAAAGCCGUCAUCUAUGACUGGGUUCACUGGGAUCCCCCUCAUCCGUACAUUCAAAUCCAUCCUCGGCCAAAGAAGCCCACGAGCCUGAGAACGUACGAGGCCCACGUGGGCAUCGCUUCACCUGAGGGAAAGGUCGCCUCGUACGCCAACUUCACAACCAACGUGCUGCCUCGUAUCAAAGACCUGGGUUACAAUUGUAUUCAGCUGAUGGCUAUCAUGGAGCAUGCCUACUACGCAAGCUUCGGAUAUCAGAUUACAAGUUUCUUUGCUGCUUCCAGUCGGUACGGUACCCCAGAUGAGCUGAAGCAGCUGAUAGAUGUGGCUCAUUCAAUGGGCAUCGUGGUGCUGCUGGACGUCGUUCACAGCCACGCCUCCAAGAACACCGAGGACGGCCUGAACUGCUUCGAUGGCUCCGACUCGUGUUUCUUCCACUCUCCACCCAGAGGGGAGCACAGCCUGUGGGACAGCCGCCUCUUCAACUACUCCAGCUGGGAAGUGUUGCGGUUCCUACUGUCAAAUCUGCGCUGGUGGAUGGAAGAGUACUGCUUUGACGGCUUCAGAUUUGAUGGUGUUACCUCUAUGCUGUACCAUCACCAUGGCAUGGGCACAGGCUUCUCAGGGGACUACAGUGAGUACUUCGGCCUACAGGUGGAUGAAGACUCUUUGGUUUACCUGAUGCUUGCCAAUCACAUUCUUCAUACCCUUUAUCCUGACUGCAUCACUGUUGCAGAGGAAGUGUCAGGGAUGCCUGCUCUCUGCAGAGGAGUGGAGGAGGGAGGACUCGGUUUUGAUUACCGACUGGCUAUGGCCAUCCCUGACAAGUGGAUUCAGAUCCUGAAGGAGUUAAAGGAUGAGGAGUGGAACAUGGGCAAUAUCGUCCACACGCUGACCAACAGGCGCUAUGGAGAGAAAUGCAUAGCCUAUGCAGAAAGUCAUGAUCAGGCUCUGGUUGGGGAUAAAUCACUGGCUUUCUGGUUGAUGGACAAGGAGAUGUACACCAACAUGAGCUCCCUGUGUCCCAUGACACCAAUCAUCGACCGUGGCUUGCAGCUGCAUAAGAUGAUCCGCCUCAUCACUCAUGGUCUGGGCGGAGAAGGCUACCUCAACUUCAUGGGGAAUGAGUUUGGCCAUCCUGAGUGGCUGGAUUUCCCUAGAGAGGGGAACAAUCAGAGCUACCACUAUGCCCGGCGGCAGUUUAACCUACUGGAUAUGGAUCACCUCCGCUACUGUCAGCUCUACGUCUUUGACCGGGACAUGAACCGUACUGAAGACAAGUACGGCUGGCUGGCUGCCCCACCUGCCUAUGUCAGCGCCAAGCAUGAAGAGGACAAGGUCAUUGUGUUUGACAGGGCAAAUGUGCUCUUUAUCUUCAACUUCCACCCCUGUAAGAGCUUCCAGAACUACAGGGUGGCUGUAAAAGUUCCAGGAAAAUACAAAAUCAAGCUGGAUUCAGAUGAGGUUCAGUAUGGAGGCCACGGACGGCUGGACCACAACACAGAGUUCUUCACAGAGGCCCAGCCUUUCAACGGUCACCCCAACUCCAUGCAGGUCUACAUCCCCUGCAGAACGGCUAUUGUCCUGGCCAACGAGGAGAUAGAUUACUGUUAUUAGAGGAUGAUUGUCCCCACAGAGACCAGGAUUGAGAAUGGAUUCCAACCUCAAACUGAGUGUUAACAAUCACCUUCAUCUUAAAGUGUCAACCUUGCACACCACCCAAACCCACUUUUUGUGUUCAAGUAUUUUUCUAAAUGGGCAAAAAAAAAAAAAAAAAAAAAGCAGAAAAAAAAGCAUUGUGAGCUUGUCUGCUUUCAAACACCAUCUGCAACCUUAGAUGCUGUGUAACCCCAUUUACUACAGAUUGCUCCAUUUGGGAAGCGUCCAACCUAACCAGCAGCUAGAAGCUAAAACUUAAAACCCUGCCGAGUCCAUCCACCACUAGCCAGCAGCCAUUUAUAGGCUGUGUUGAAUUUGGCGUGUCAUCUGAAACACAUGACCGGAGACUGUGGCAGCAACACUGUAAGCAUUCAAACACAAUACGAGCUCAGAGAAAAUGACAGUAUUUUAUAAUGUGAUAUGUACUGAAAUGUAUUUUACUUGAUUUGAUUUGUUUGUAUUUAAAUACAAAUAAUGUUAUUGUGUUAAAGACACAAAGAGAUUUACAGUAUUUCCAGCACUUGUUAAUGAGAACGUCCAGGUAUUCAAUCAGUUUUGAUCCAUUUUUGUUCAUUUGCAUUGUGGGACAUCGCAGGUAUAAAAAUAUUGUAAUUUGCACAAAGUAAUAAGCUGCUUUGAGUUAUUAUACUUCUAAUGGGUAUCUAAAGCAGUUGUGUUGUAAUGUUUGAAUUUUUGCAGCUACUCAGAGGAUUUGUGUGGUUAUUUAUGGCCCUGUUAUUAAGCCAGUAAUUUGCAGCUAAAGCAAAGUGAUAAAAUCACCUAAUUUGGAUUGUUCACAGUGUAUUGCAUAAUGCCCAUGUAACAUUAUAGCUGAACUACAGUUUUUUCCACUUUGCAAAACAUAAUGCGUUGUUUUCUCCUAGAGUAGAUCACAUUAAAGUAGUUUAUGUUGUGAAUUUCACUAAACUCUGCAUUGUUUUGUGUGGAGAAGAAUAUUUUACAGGUACAGUUUGACUCACACACCUGACUACUUUAAGAUACUAUGAUUUAUGUGCACCUUGCGUAUUAGGUCCUCUAGCAUUCCCCUGAGAUUAUUGCAGACGUUCCAGAGAAACACAGAAGCAGCCGAAAUGCUCACACAGAAGGAAAUGUGCCUCUUCCAAUUAGCUCUCACUUUUGUGACUUUUGUGUCAACACGCUGGAUGAUUGAACAUCUCAAUGAACAGCUGCAACGCUCAUCCUGUUUUCCCCAUGGCUGUUAUGUGGAAGGUUGUUGAUGAACUAAAAUGCGUACGAAACAUGGAACAUCAUCGAUGAUAGGUGACUGUUUUUAUGACUGCUGAACUAACUCAAUCUGGCAACAUGUCAUUAAAAUGGUCUUUCUUAGAAGAUGUUUCAUCUUUUCAGGUAUAUUUUAUAGAUGGCAGUGAUAAUUGGUGUGUCUGCAGUCUUUGUGCUGUUUUGGUUUCCUUUCUCCCCAGAAAAGUCCCUCGUUCCCAUAUGAAUGGAUGUCUUUUGGAUCAUUUUCGGUUUUCUCUGCAUGUUUUAUCAAAGCCGUCCUGUUGUUAGUGCAACAAGAGCGGAUUUUGGCCACCCCAGAUAAGAGCUAAUGCCUUGAUUUACUGCCAUGGAUACUGUAAUUCUGUGAUCCACACCUACUGCAUUAGUACAGAUUCUCAGCCAUUUAAGCAGUGUAUUAUAACAUAUGGCAGGUUUUGAUCUGCCUCCCCUGCAGCUGAAGAAAAGAAAUUUAUAUUUAGGACCAUUUUCCUGUGUUUAGCCAAAACUAUCACCAACAUGUCAUUUCUUUUUGUUUAACACCAAAGCAUUACAAAUACCUUUCUCCAUCUCUCAAAAAAGCAAAGGGAGGAUCACUGUGCACAUAUUUCAAGCAAGAGGGCUGUGAGACUGAAGUUGAGUGUUUAAUCAUCCCUCAUCUGACCAAAUGUCAUUGUCAUUUUACCAGUGCCAAACUGAGUUGUCUGCAUUUAUUCUCGACAGUAAAAUUGAUGUCUGAUGCACAGAAACUAUUGCAGUGUAUUUCUUUCAUUAUUACUAAUGA